AUGUAUACUUUUACAUCCGAAGAAGAGCGUAAGGCCUCGCCUGAAGUCCUUCUCAACCGUAUGCUGUCGACGAAGGCAUACGGUAGCAUAUCGCGUGUGGUCGAGGAUGACAGUAGUCGAUUCCUCGUCUCGAUUGGCGAAGGUCAGUGCGGAAUGAUAUUUCCGCUCAAAGACAAUCAAGUCAUCAAGAUCCCCAAACCUGCAAAACACCAACAACUAUGGCAAGACGCCACUGUGCACAAAAAAGUUCGAGAAGCAUUUCGCAAAACUCCGCAUGGCCUUCGUCAAGAUAUUUAUGUGCCUAUCUACUACGAAUGGGUCUCUUCCGAGUCCAAUAUCUUCUGGAACAACUUCUCUCAACAUUUCGCUACAGACACGGAUAUCAAGGUCCCAAGCUACGGCCUAAUAUCCGAGCGAAUCCUCCCUUUACCCCUAUCAAUCCGCGCAGCAAUAGUCGAUGCACUCUGCUCCAAGUCGAUUAGAAAGCAGAAGGAGGCAUUCUUGAAGCGACCACAAAACAAGGACUGCCUCGUACGUCUAUAUCUCGGACGCAGAAACGACAACAGCAAAACCGAGAAUGUACGCCUCCGAAAUUUCCCUCUGCACGUCAACGAGAUGGAAUAUCUCAAGCUCGAUACCGAGAUGUACGCUGUUACAAUGGCUCGCGCACUCGCCGUCAUGCACUGGACAGCUGGCAUAGAUGCCAAUGACGUUGAGUUUGUCUUGGGUAGCUCGCCAGCUAACGAUCCGACUGCUCAAUCACUCUCCAUCUGGCUCCUCGAUUUCAACCAAUGCAAAGAAUUCGAGCAUAACUCGCAGGGGUUGGAACAGCUGGUCGAUAGUUUUUGGUGGAACGACCCUUACUACCCAAGGCCGAACGACAAGGCCCUUUGGAAAGCUUUCAAAAAUGUAUAUCUAGAGGCCAGCGACGAACUUAGCGGGGGGGCCAUGGCCAAAGAUUUCAUCGAUGCAGUUGAGAAGACUGGAGCAAAACGCUCAGUGGAGUUUUUCGGUUGA